UAAUGAUAUUCUUAAAUAUAUAUGUAUAUGAAUAUAUAAUUUUGAGUUGGCAGUAAAAGGAUGUUUAUAACUAAUUUAUAUGAAAUCUUAGUUUAAAGAUAUCUUGGUAUAAUUCAAAUUAAAUUCUAAAGACAAUAUUGAAUAAAUAAUUGAUAAGGGAAAGUCAAAUGCAUAUAUAACAAUAAAACAUUAUUAGAUUUAACGAUAAAACAAUAUUAGAAACAUUGUAAUUUCAUUGAAAAUUAUUUAGAAAAAUAUUGUCAAAGAGAGGUUAUGAUCUUGCUUCUACGAAUUAUAUUCGAUUGCUUACAAAAUGUACACAACUAUUUUAUGUAAUGGUAGAUAAAAAUUUUUAUGACUUCAGUGAAUAAUAUUUCGAAACAUGUCUAACAGCAAAGAAGAAAAACAGUAUGGUUUAAUUUUACCUAAAAAGCAACAACGUAUUGCCCCGAAGGUAAACAACGUAUUUGGCGAUAAUAAUGAUUCGGAUGAGGAAGAUGGUACAGAUUGGGUUAAAAAGGCUCUUCAGGCAGAGGGAGAAAAGAAUAAAAUAAAAAGGCAAGUAAGAUUAAAUAUGCAAAAGGCUUUAAAGGAAGACCCAACAAUAUUUCAAUAUGAUGAAGUAUAUGAUGACAUGGAAAGGACAAAAGAUCAGUCCAAAACUGCAAAAGAUGAAAAAAAGAAACCAAGGUAUAUUCAAAAUCUUUUAAAAGCUGCAGAGCGAAGAAAAAAAGAACAGGAAUAUAGAAUAGAAAGAAUGGUUCAGAAAGAACGCGAAGCAGAGGGAGAAAUGUAUGCAGACAAAGAAAGUUUUGUUACUUCUGCUUAUAGAGCAAAAUUAGAAGAAUUUAAGAAAAUGGAAGAAGAGGAAAAUAAAAUGGAUAAAUUAGAAGCUAUUGCAGAUGUUAAAAAGCAACAAGAUAUUUCAGGAUUUUAUAGACAUUUGUAUAAACAGACUGUUGUUCAAUCUUCAGAGGAAUCUGGAGUUAAGAAUGAUACCAAUGAUAAUAAAACUAAUUUAGAUAACAAUUUAGAGGACAUAAAUAAAGAAAUAAAUGUCAGUGUCACAAACAAGGACCAGGUAAAAAAUAAAGAAAUAAAAAAGAAUAGACAAUAUAGGCAAAGAAAAAUAGAAGAAGAUAGUGAUACAGAUACUGAAAUUCAACAGAAAAUGGAAAAUAAAGUAAAAACUCCUGUACCUGAAAAACAUAAAAAUGUUGAAAGGGAAUCUGAAAGAAUAGAGGAACCUGAUGUUAAAAAACAAAAGCAACAAAUUGAAAAUGCUAAACUUGAAGAAAGUUGUAAUGAGACCAAAAUAGAAAAUCCCACAAAUUUAAAGGAUGUGGAAAAAAUAUUAGAAAAUAGUAAAAAUGAUGAAACUGAAAAAAUAAGUAUUAGUGCAAAAGAAAAAAUAGAAGCAGAAAAAAGAGAGAGAUCUAAGAUUUGGGAAAAAAGAACAGUUGGGCCUGUAUUUGAAGCAGCAUUGCAAAGAUAUUAUGCUAGGAAAUCUAUGAGGUUAUCAGUUGUAUAAUUUAAUGUAACUAUAAAGUGUGUGUAGGAAGGAAUUGUUUGUCUAUAUAUCUGUGUGUUUAAGUACUAAGUAAUUUCAGCAAUCGUUUGUUUAGGAAAACGAUUACACUAUAUGUAUGAUAAAAUUUUUUUAAUAUAGCAUUUGUAAUAUAAAA